AUGUUAAUAGGUCUUUGUGGAGGAAUAUGUGCUGGCAAGAGUACAAUAGCACAAUAUCUCGUAGAGCACCAUGGGUUUACUCACCUUUACCUCCGACCAGAGCAGACCAACAAAAGCUCUAAAAGAAUAAGCAACGGUAACAGUAUCACAAACGGAGAAUCAGACAUUGAAGAAAACGGCAUAACCGUAAGCCGAAAACCAGUCCCUCAAUCGCAAUCGCAAUAUACCUUCACCAGCACCGCCGACCUCCUAGACUUUGUAACCAAGCGCUGGCGCGAACGCUGGGUAACAACCAACAUCUACACGGAGGCUAUCCUAGACGCGCUUCUCCGACGCCCAUUCUUCAUCCUCGUCAGCGUCGACGCCCCCGUCUCGAUCCGCUGGAAAAGAUUCCAAGCACGACCCAAUCCACCCUCUCCACCCCUAACCCUCGAAGACUUCCUCCUCCGUUCCGACCAGCACCUCUACGAUCCCCAACACGGUCUUCAAUCCCUCAUAUCCCGCGCCACCAUCCGUCUCCUCAACACCUCAUCCGAUCUCGCGCAUCUAUACGCUACCCUCGGAAAACUCGAUCUCACAAACGAGGAGCGUCUCCGACCAAGCUGGGAUCAAUAUUUCAUGCAACUAGCAUCCCUCGCCGCCCAGCGUAGUAACUGCAUGAAACGGCGCGUAGGAUGCGUUCUCGUCCGCGAAAAACGAGUCAUCUCAACCGGCUACAACGGAACACCACGAGGACUACUAAACUGCGGAGAAGGAGGUUGUCCCCGCUGUAACGAAGGACAAAGCUGCGGAGUAGGACUGGGCACAUGUCUCUGUCUGCACGCAGAAGAAAACGCACUUCUCGAAGCCGGCAGAGAACGAGUUCGAGAAAACGCCAUUCUAUAUUGCGACACAUGUCCCUGUUUAACAUGCAGUAUCAAGAUUGUACAAGUAGGAAUAUCAGAGGUGGUCUAUAGUCAGGGAUAUAGUAUGGAUGCGGAAACAGCAGCGGUAUUUGGACAGGCGGGUGUUAAGUUAAGACAAUUUAUUCCCCCAGCGAACGGUUUAAUCCAUUUAGAAAAGCAGUCAUUAUAUUAA